AUGCAGCUAGACGAACAGGCCCGUCAACACAUCUCAGCUCACAACUUGAUGGUGCACAAGAAUAGAGAAGUACUUCGCCGUUUCAUUGAUGUUGUUUGCUUUCUUAGCAAACAGGAACUUUCUUUCAGAGGUCGGGUGGAGCUGGAGGAGUCUGCCAACAGGGGCAAUUACGUCGAAUUGAUAAAACUGCUAAGUGCAUAUGACCCCACGCUUGAACAGCAUCUUCAUACAGCAACCGUGUUUUCUGGACUUUCUAAUCGUAUCCAGAACUAUUUGAUUGUUGCUGUCAAGGACGUCAUGUUGAAAGCAAUAAAAGAUGAAGUGAUGAGGAGCCCAUUUGUCGCUAUUUCCCUGGAUGAAACCUCCGACGUUAAGACCUUAUCGCAGCUAACAACUAUAGUUCACUAUGUCAACCCAGAUGGUAAAGCUGUGGAGCGCUUUCUUGGAUUUACCGAUGUAAGUGAGGAUAGAACUGCGGCUAGACUGAAACAAGAAGUCGGUAAAACACUGAACGAGUACGGAUGCGGCGAAAAACUGAUUGCCCAAACGUAUGACGGUGCGAGUGUGAUGUUAGGAGAACUGUCCGGUUUGCAAACACGAGUAAGAGAAGACUAUCCACAUGCUCUUUUUGUCCACUGUUGCGGACACGCAUUAAAUUUGGUCCUUGUUCAAGCUGUCUCGUCAACUAAAGAGUGUCGUAUAUUUUUUAAAACCGUCACUGGUCUUUCAUCCUUUUUUCACGCCUCGUCCAAGAGAACAUACCUGUUGGACACAGUUGUCGGCAGACGCAUUCCCACUGGAACAGCUGUUCGAUGGCACUAUCAGAGCAGGUUAAUCCAUGCUGUACUGGAGACAAGAGCAAAGCUGCUCGAAGUUUUCGAAUACAUCAUCGAAAAUGAUGACGAGUUUGACGGUACGACGUUAAACGAAGCGAGGGGCUACCGACAAGUUCUUGCAGAUUUCCAGUUUGUGUUCUGCCUUAAAAUAUUUUCAGAAAUAUUUGGUCUUACGGAUGUUUUGUAUAAUAUCAUUCAGAGUAAGCAGUUCGAUAUUGUCUUCUGUGUCACGAAAGUUCGCGAGACGAAAGAUAAGAUUCAAGAACAACGAACAAAAUUCGUAGAUUAUUGGAAUUUUACGUCAAGUAUCGUCAAAGUAGCACUGAAACGCGGGCAAAGUGAAGAGGAUGUAAAGGCGUCCUUCCGUCAAAUGCUUUUCUGUGUAGUCGAUACCAUUGUCGUGCAGAUUGACUCUAGAUUCGAAAGUCUUAACAGCAGAGCAUUCGUUUCUUUGUUGGAUCAUUCAAAGCACGAAUUGUACAGCCGGAAAUUUCCCGAACGAGAGCUGCAAUCGUUGCAAGAUUCAAAUGGAACAUUCUUUAAUCUUCAAGCACUAAAAAGUGAACUAAUCGUUGUAUACGCAUCUGCCGAGCUCAAAUCGAAACAUGUUUUUGAUAUGAUAUCAAAAAUAAUCGAACUUGACUUGAAAGCCUGUUUUCCAGAGGUGUACCGAUUGUGUCAGCUCAUUCUUACUAUGCCAAGUACGUCCUCCUCUGCAGAAAGAUCAUUUUCGGCUCUCAAGCGUAUCAAAACGUAUCUUCGCAGUACACAAGGGCAAGAGCGACUUUCUGCAUUGGCUACAAUUUCAAUCGAGAAGGAGAUGUUGGUAAGUUUGCAGGGGAAGCCACGAUUCUAUGAGGACGUUAUAAAGGAGUUUUGCGCAAAGGAAAGGCGGAUGGAAUUUACAUUUAAGUAA